UUUUUGGUGGAACCCAGUAAACCACUCACUCUCACCCUCCUUCACACGCACAGAGAAGAAAAGAAAGGGAGAAAGAUAAGCAGCUUUUUCAUGAGCUGAAGAAAGCUGUACCCUAGAAAAAUGCGUUGCGAUAAGAACUUCUGUGCAUAAAACAAGAAGAAGGAAAAAAAAAAAGAAAAAAAAAAAAAAAGAAAGCUUACCCAUCUGCACUAGGUCAUUCCUGAAUUCUCUUCCAAAAAAAAAAAAAAAAACUGUUCCAGGUUUAAUCUUUGCUUACCCAAUAAUUUUCAACAACUUGUAGAAAAUCCGGUCUGCUCUGGGUUCAUACCCUUUGUGAAGUUACAUUGACCUUUGAAGUUUAGAGGAAAUAGGAAGGAUCUGUAUUUUUCUGGCAAAUUGAAAAAAAUUAGGUCUAAGGUUGAUUGGAAGAGAGAUUCUAAGUCCAGGUUAUUCAAAGUAAAUGCAUGGAUCGUAGAGAUGCAAUGUCUUUACCUGGGUCGGCUUCUUACUAUAUGCAGAGAGGGAUAACUGGGUCUGGGUCUGGUUCACAGUCUGCAUUACAUGGAUCUCCUGGCAUUCAUCCUUUAUCUAGCCAAAAUGUACAGUUUCAAUCUAAUAUGGGAGGGACUAGUAUGGGGUCAACUUUACCAGUAGAACCUCCAUCCACAAUGUUGCCUCAUGGUGUCAAUAUGGGUGCACCUCCGGGGAUGCCACUCGGAGAGCCUGUGAAAAGGAAAAGGGGAAGGCCCCGGAAAUAUGGACCUGAUGGGACUGUUUCGUUGGCAUUGUCUCCCUCGACAUCUACUCAUCCUGGUACCAUAACCCCAUCGCAGAAGCGUGGCAGAGGCAGGCCAUUGGGUACUGGAAAGAAGCAGCAAUUAGCUUCGCUUGGUGAAUGGCUCUCUGGUUCUGCUGGGAUGGGUUUUACUCCACAUAUCAUUACCAUUGCAACAGGAGAAGACAUUGCCACAAAAAUUAUGGCUUUUUCACAGCAAGGGCCAAGAGCAAUAUGCGUAUUGUCUGCCAAUGGUGCUGUUUCUACUGUCACUCUUCGACAGCCAUCAUCUUCUGGGGGCACUGUCACGUAUGAGGGUCGUUUCGAGAUACUAUGUCUGUCAGGCUCUUACCUGGUCACCAGCGACUCCCGAAAUCGAACAGGUGGUCUGAGUGUAUCCCUUGCUAGUCCUGAUGGCCGUGUAAUUGGUGGAGGAGUUGGAGGAGUGCUUAUUGCAGCAAGCCCUGUUCAGGUAAUAGUGGGAAGUUUUUUAUGGGGUGGCUCAAAGAUGAAGAACAAGAAAAGUGAAGGUUCAGAAGGUAUGAGAGAUGUAGACCAUCAGACAGUUGACAACAACCCUGUGACUCCAGCCAGUGUCCAAUCAAGUCAAAAUCUCAUUCCCACCUCUGUUGGUGGUAUGUGGACAGGUUCUCGGCCAAUGGAUAUGUGUAACACCCAUGUCGAUAUUGAUUUAAUGCGGGGAUGAUUUCCGCUGUUGGUGUAUAUAUCUUUCUGUAACCAAGGCUUCUGGAGACUAAUUUUCAAGGACAGAGUAGAGACCAUCUGAUUUUGGCUUUCUCACUUCAUUUACCCAUGACAAAUGAUGGGAUUGUACUCAUAUUUUUAGCUUGACAACGAUUUAGUUCAGUGUUUUUAGAGUUGAUGAUUUCGAUUGACACAACAUCGGUUGGAUGUAGUUGAAUCUUUUAAGCUGUUGUACCUUGUUCUUCUUUUUGGCAGCCAUGAGUGGGUAAAUCUCACUCACUUGUUCUGUUAAGAAGGAAGGUUAUUAUCUUGGUUUAAAAGGGAAAUUUUUGCAGGGGAUAA